AUGGCUUCCUUGGAUAAAUCUUUCGUCACCGAUUCCGUUUGGAAACCAGACCUCUUCAAAGGAAAGGUCGUAUUCGUCACUGGUGGUGCUGGCACCAUCUGCCGCGUUCAAACGGAGGCAAUGGUACUUCUCGGUGCUGACGCAGUAAUUUUGGGAAGAAACGUCGCUAAGACCGAGAAGGCCGCAGCUGAGAUUGCCUCAUUGAGACCUGGCGCCAAGGUCCUCGGUCUCGGAAACGUUGAUGUUAGAGAAAUUGACUCUUUAGCACAGGCAGUAGCUACUACCGUAUCAAAGUUGGGCCGCAUAGAUUUUGUCAUUGCCGGUGCAGCAGGUAACUUCUUGUCCGAUUUUAACCACUUGUCCUCGAAUGCAUUCAAGUCCGUGAUUUCAAUUGACUUGUUGGGAUCAUUUAACACCGUAAAAGCAUGUUUUAGCGAGCUUCGCAAGAACAAGGGAGCUGUUAUUUUCGUGUCUGCGACUUUGCACUAUUACGGAGUGCCUUUCCAAUCACACGUUGGCGCUGCCAAAGCUGGAGUUGAUGCACUUUCAAACGCACUUGCAGUCGAGCUUGGGCCAUUAGGUAUCCGCUGCAAUUGCAUUGCUCCUGGAGGUAUUGAAGGAACCGAAGGAAUGUCUCGACUCAUGCCAGAGACGGGCCAUGGCGCAUCAAAAGUACCCUUAGCCCGUUGGGGAACCACUAGAGAUAUUUCUGAGGCUACGGUUUAUUUGUUUUCGCCAGCGGCAUCAUACGUUACCGGAUCUAUUCAAGUUGUUGAUGGUGGUUUCUGGCACAUUGGCAACUUCAUGGGUGACCUAUACCCUCUGGUGAUUCUUAACCAGAAUUCUGUUGAAAACCUGAAAUUGUAG